CUUUUUAGUUGAAAAAUGAAAGUCGCUUUACUCCCCGAUAAUUUCACCCGCCUACAACUGUCAAAAUCAGGUUCAGUAAACCAUGUGAACCCCUAAAAUACGUUAAUCCUCAAAAAAUGUGUUCAUCCUGGCUGCCCUCAGCCUCACGGUCUCAAGAGUCUCCAUUCGAAAUAACUUCGAUUCUCCACUCGCUAGCCCAAAAUCGUUCACGUCUCCCAGGUCCUCUGACAUUCAGAGACGAAGCUGGUGCUGGGAGAAGUCUCUCCAACAUAGUCAGUCGUCUGAGCAACUCCAUUGAUCGAGAUUCAACCCAGAGAGCCGAGAAGAGCAGUCUCUCAAAAUCCAAAAACGUCACAGAGAGCCUGAGUGAAAACUCUCGAACGGAAUCCGCUGUAAAUGCAACAUCUGUCUCAUCAUCCCUUGGACGACGUGAGAGAGUCGACUUGCUGAUUUCCCAAGCCCUCUGGAACUCCGAUCCUCACGUAACAGAAUUCCCCUCGAAGAAUCAGUUAUCUGGAAUCAAACGAGCAGAUUUGACUGCUGAAUCUCUCGAGACAUUCCGAAGACUUGGAUCAGUAAGAUCUUUUACUCCUAAUCCUGAAAAUUCUUUUCAAUCAUCAACUUCAAGAUCAAACACAUCUCAACCCCCAAAAAAUCAAAAUCAAGGUGAAGAAUUACUGAAUAAUUCCAGGAUCUUCAGCAGGAGGAAUUUUUUCCUGAGUAAUCAUUAUCCAGUGAAUUCUGGAGAGCGUCGAGGCCUCGAGGAAGUUCCACGGUUUUUGGAAAAUACUCCAACAGAGAAAACAAGAAAACUCUUUAAAAAAUCUGAUGCUGCGUUUUCCAACAGUAAUUCAACAGCUGAGAGAGCACAUGCCGGAGGAAUUGUUAAUUUUCGUCGGAAUGAUGCUAGCAGAAAAAGUAAUGACCAGAAAUUUGAAAGAAGAAAUAGAAUUCAAAUUCAUAAACGAGUCCAGUCCAGAGUGAAGGGCAGAAGACUCAGAGUUACAUCUUCCUCGAAUUUUUUUAAUGGACACGAAAACAAAUUGAAAGUUGAACCACCGACUUCAGCUACUGGACUAAUCCACAAAGGAACUAGAAAUGAUGAACCGGCCCCAGAAGAUAAACCUGAAGAGCGUGAGAUCAUUGUAGAUGAGAAAAUCCCUGAGAGACCUGAGAAGACACCAGUAAAUUUGAUAAAUUCCACGGAAACAUUCGCGAUAAAAUCGCGAGAGGAGAUUGCCGAUCCUGGGCCCCAGAGUUUAUCGAAGUUAGAUAAAAUCAGAAGUAAAUUCGCGUCAAGAUUAUUUAUCCAGAGACAGGCGACUGCCAAGCCCUCGAAGUUCGAAUGCUCCAGGAGAUCCUCUCCUUCGAAGAUAAAUCUCUAAAAACCCCCAAAAAAUCAUCCUCUCGGAUUCCAACGAUGAAAUCUUCUCAGAACUCCUUGAAAACAUCGAGAACAUUAUUAGAAAAGCUAGCAAACAUCUCGGACUCCUCGAUCCCUUCGACAUCAUCUUCUAGGAGCGAGAGAAAUCCCAGAGCCUCGAGGAUCCCCUCAAAAAUUAUCAAACAACUGCAAAAUCUUGAGACUCAGACCCCGAAGAUGUUGGAAAAAUCCCAGAGUAUCCAAACAGUUUUGGAAACCAAAAGGCAGUUGAGUAUCACCACAGAAACAACAGCUCCAACUUCUGCUGACGUUGGAAUUUCCUCUGAUGAUCUUGAUCUGUCCUCUUCUCCAGAUCCCCAGAUUACAAAACAGAAUAAUAAACAAUUGGUGGACGUGGAGAUCUCCUGCAAAGUCGACGCAAUUCCCUCGACUCCAGAAAAUGAGGGAAAUUCAAAGAAAAUUUUAUUAACUGAGACUUCAUCUUCUGUUAAAAUCCUAAAAGUCAUCCAGACUCAGACCUCAAGAUCGUUUUUAUUGGACUGCAGUGGAGAUAAUGGAGAAGAGAAAAAUAUUUUGAUGGGCAAGAUGAGGCUGAAGCUUCCCUGUAAAGAAAUAAAUACUGAUAAACGUAUCUUAAUCGAUUCAGCAACUGGAAAAGAUCGAUUAGAAAUUCAAAAUUUCUGUUGCGAGUCUCAAUUAACAAACACCGAUGCCCCAUUAAUCUAUCCGAUUAAUUACGUGAUGAAGAAAGAUGCGAAUCAUCAGGUCGAUGCCAUCAGGAGUUUAAUGAAUAUUAAUGCUGAUGAUUCUGGGGGAUUGAAAGGGGAAUUUGACAUGUGUGAGAGCAUUGUUUCGUCGAUCUCGAAGGAACUUAUGAGCUCGAGAAGAUCUUUAAUCGAGAGUUGUGAGAAAUUAUCGAGUGAAUUCGUUCAGAAGCAGGAGGAAAUAGUGAGGAUUCCCAGAGAAGUCAUCAGGGCAUUCGAGAUUGCUGAGGACAGAGCGAGAAAUUUGUGUCGAGCCAUCGAGAUCUAUCAGGGGAGUUUAAAAAAGAACGAGGGGAAAACCCAAGAGAGAUGUGAGGGAAAUGAAUCUCUUGAGAAAAUUCUGGAGCAGAAGAUCAAAGAGGAAGAGCUUGGGGUAACGAAUAAAAUCGAAAAAAAUUUCGAGGAGAACAGGAUGGGGGAACGGUUCAUGGAGGAUCUGAAAGUAUUUUUAAUGCAACAGGAUGUCAAGCUGGUGGUGGAGGAUAUCGUGAAGGCAGUGGACAAGAGGAUUUCGAAGGAAAAUUUGAAAAAAGACGAAAUUAGAUCCUGCGGUGUGGAAUCAUCUUCCGAGGCAGUUCUCAUGAAUAGAGCGAAUAUUCUACCGAUUAUUUAUGGCGCCCUGUGCUCUCUUGUCUUCUGGUCCCUUCAGUUUUCUAUGAGCUGUGAUAUGUCAUGAUUUUUUAAUGAUUAAUAGAUGAAUAAAUGAUGUUUUGUAGAACCAUCCUUCAGUGGAAUGGUAAAACGAGAU